GUCACAGUGUGUGUCAUCUUGUGUGUGAAUUGAUAAAUUGUCAAAAAAGUGCUGGAAGAUUUGAGAAAACGUGUGAUUUUUCCCGAACUGUCCUGCAAUAUGUUCAUAUUUAAGUAAAACUUGAAUAAUUUAUACAAGUCUCCAAAAUGGCUCGACACCGUGACUUCCGAAAUAGGACUUUUUCUGACGACUACGACGAUGACGAUGUUUAUGGACACUCCGUGGAAGAGGAAAGUUGUAUGUCGCCAAGCGACGCAGCGCAGUGGAUAUAUGAUCGUAGCCGUAACCAGCAGGUACAAUUCUUGCAGAACCACAAUAACAUCCAAGAAGAGACUGAAGAAGAUUUGGCAGAUACGAGUUUCUCAUCACAAGAGCGACGUGAAUCCAUAGACUUACGAAGCUUAAACCUCGAUGAAGACGACGAAGCCAAGCUCAUGUCUUGUUUAGAUGAACUUAGAAAUGUUAUCGGUGAAACUGUUUCUGACAACAUACUCAUUCAAACUGUAAUUAUGCACAAAUUUGAUUUCAGUAAGUCACUUGAUGACAUAUUAAAUAGAAAAAGCAAGGAACCUGACGUUCCUAAACCUGAACUUGUAAAACCAGUAGUCCUCAUUGAUCCUGUAAAAGCUCCAGUUAUAACUACUGUAGAAACAACUCCAAAAGUUGUAGCAACUAAUUUAGAACCAAAGACUGUGGGUGUUGUAAAAGGUUUCAAAGUUGGACAAGAUGGCAGCUCUAGCAGUAGACCUCAGACACCUAGAGACCAAUCACCUUGCACAGAGAGGUUAUCAAAGACUGAACAGAAAGAAGUUGAUGAGGUUAAAUCAACACCCAAAGUAAAAGAAAAUAAAGUAGAUGUCAACACACUAUACGCAAAUGAGAGAGGAUCGGACAAAGACCACUUGUACAUAGUUGUUAUUGGUCAUGUUGAUGCUGGCAAGUCUACACUGAUGGGCAGACUUUUAUGCGAACUCGGAGAAGUAAGUCAGAAAACUCUCCACAAAUAUGAACAAGAAAGCAAGAAAAUUGGUAAACAGAGCUUCAUGUAUGCAUGGGUGUUAGAUGAGACUGGAGAGGAAAGAGUGAGGGGCAUAACAAUGGACGUAGGAAGGGCUCAAUUUGAAACAAAGACAAAAAGAGUUAUAAUAUUAGAUGCCCCCGGUCAUGCAGACUUCAUUCCUAACAUGAUAACUGGUGCUGGCCAAGCAGAUGUUGCUUUACUGGUAGUGGAUGCCACUCGGGGUGAAUUUGAGUCAGGCUUUGACUUGGGAGGACAGACAAGGGAGCAUGCUCUGCUAGUGAGGUCUUUAGGUGUUAGUCAACUUGCUGUCGCUGUUAACAAAUUAGAUACAUCCAAUUGGUCCCAAGAAAGGUUCAAUGAAAUCACAAAAAAAUUGAAAGUUUUCUUAAAACAAGCUGGCUUUAAAGACUCUGAUGUGACAUAUGUGCCAUGUUCAGGAUUGACAGGGGAGAACUUAGUAAAGUCUCCAAUAGAAGCCGAGUUACUAAAGUGGUACAAUGGACCUUGCUUAUUAGAUGUUAUUGAUAAAUUCAAUGUUCCUGAGAGGCCUGUGUCAAAGCCUUUGCGCUUAUCUAUAAAUGAUGUGUAUAAAGGUACUGGCUCUGGGUUCUGUGUGGCAGGCCGCAUAGAGAAUGGUGUAAUCAAUAAAGGAGACAAAGUUCUAGUGUGUCCCACAAAGGAAAUGGCGGAAGUUCGAAAUAUAAGCAUUAAUGAAAUGCCUAGUAAUGUUGCUUUUGCUGGGGAUCAAGUCAGUGUGACAUUGACUGGAGUGGACAUGCAGAAUGUUUCCGUAGGAUAUGUUUUAAGUGAUCCCAUACAGCAAGUGCCUGUCACCACAAGGUUUGAAGCCAGAAUUGUAGUUUUUAAUGUCAAAGUACCUAUCACAAAAGGAUUUCCAGUACUCAUUCAUCAUCAAUCACUGGUUGAGUCAGCAAACAUAGUGAAGUUGAAGGCUUUAUUGAACAAAAGUACUGGCGAGUUAGUGAAGAAGAAGCCUCGCUGUUUGGGUAACAACUGUGUGGCUGUUGUUGAGAUAGAGGUGUGUCGGCCGAUCUGUGUGGAAAGGUACAAGGAUGUGAAGGAGUUGGGACGCGUGAUGCUUCGCGUCGCUGGUACAACGAUAGCUGCCGGUCUCGUCACAGAUAUAGUCAACACAUGAUUGAUCUGAUAAGCCUUAUCAUUGUUUAAACUUUAAAUGUUAUGGCAUCUAAAGUACAUGAUUAUAGUCUUAAAAUAAUUAGAUUAUGAUUAUAGAGAAUAUUGUUGCUUCUAUUAUAAUUUUUAUGAAAUAUUUUCGUCAGUCUUCCAUUUGUAAUGGACUUUUUUUACGUUAUCAGAUGCUAUCUUCAAUGGAAUUUGGUACUAUGUGACAUAAUAUUUAGCAGCCUUUUGGGUGAUAAUUCAAUUAGGCAAUUUUGUCAUGCUGUUCAAAACCUAAUGUGACAGUUGCCAUAACAUGAAUCACGCUGCUGUGUACAAUGCUGUAUCAAGUGAUUGUAUUUAAUUAUUAAAUAUUAUUUAUAAUGCAAAUAAAUUUGUUGUAAUA